AUGUUCAAUCUCGCUUGUGUGGAUGGGUUUAGGUACCCGGGGUUGGAUGAAGUCUACGUUCUUGAUUUGAUCCCGCUCACCCAAGGACCAGCUGCGAUAUCUUCAGAUCAGAAACUUUGCCUGUUUAACCCUCUUGGUCUACGGCCCGGCCCAGUCAAGGAGUUUCACACCAACCAUGGCAACCUCACAUGCGCAAAGGCAUACGAUGUGAAUAGUGCCGUCGUCGCUACUGCGGGAGAGGAUGGGAGCAUCUCCAUGUGGGACUUGCGGCAAGACGGCAGCCGCGCAGAGGUGGCUCGGAUGACAGAUAACCAGGCACCUGUCCUGUCGUUGGCCUGUUCAAGUAGUGGGUAUUCCGUCGUUGCUGGCACCGAACUGCGCCAAAGUCAAGCGUCGAUCCUGAUCUGGGACGUUCGUUCGAAUCCUACGCCGCGUCAUAAAUACCAAGAGGUUCAUAGUGACGACAUUUGUGAACUGAACUUCCACCCAAGUGACCCGAAUAUUCUCCUGUCCGGGUCCACGGACGGUCUCGUCAACGUCUAUGAUACGCGCAUCACUGAUGAGGACGAGGUAAUCAUCCAGACCUUCAAUCAUGACGCAUCCAUACACCAUGCCGCGUUCCUCAACGACACAGAUGUGUUUGCAGUAUCACACGACGAGAGGUUUGCCGUGUAUAGCAUGGCCGAGGACCAAGAGAAAGGUUCUGCCUUGACAAAUUUUGGCAACAUGAGAGAGAUCCUGGGCUGCCAAUAUAUCGCAAACGUCUCCGCCAAGGCCAACGGUGCCGGCGCCGUCAUUGGAGCGGGUACCCAUGAUCAACAGAUGUUUGAACUCGUUCACCUGUCCAAAGGGACGACGGAGUGGGCCUUGGACAGGGCUAACAGCGUCGGUCUGCCAGGUGCUCAUUCCUCCGAGAUUGUCAGGAGCUUCUGUUUCUAUGACGAGGCCCAGAUGGUGUUCAGCGUUGGUGAAGACGGUUAUAUCAAGGCUUGGAAACCGGGCGCAUGA